AUCUCUAGACCCAAAUGACCCCGCUGCUACAAGGAGAGAGAGAGAGAGAGAGAGAGAGAGAGUUGUUCGCGAUUGUGUAAUAGUAACCAGUUGUAGAGCAACUACUCAGCUUACCCAAAUCUCAAAACUAGGGGUUGUGAACUAUAAGCACCAUUUUUGUUCUGCUAAAAAACUGUAAGGUCCAUUAGUGUUGCGCUGAAAUUUCCCCUUUCCUUUACAAAGAAUGGAUACAAAAGCUUUGGCAAAGUCAAAGAGAGCUCAUUCUCAACACCACAGUAAGAAGCAUCAUCCAAAUGUAACAUCAAAAGCUCCUACAGUAGGAGCCAGCAGUGGAAAAAAUCCAUCUGGACAGCAAGUUAGGGAAAAACCCCAUCAAUCUCAGGGUUCUAGUAAACUCCCCUCGAAUUGGGACCGGUAUGAGGAAGAGUAUGAUUCAGGUUCAGAAAAUGCAUCCCACAACAACAUGAGUCAAGCAAUUGAUGUUAUGCCGAAGAGUAAAGGGGCAGACUAUGGUCACCUGAUUUCUGAGUUAAAGUCUCAGUCUCUGACGGAUAUUUCUUCGGAUGGCCUUCCUUCUUUUGAUGAUGUUCUCACUGACUUCAAUCAGGGAUUUGGUUCUCUGCUUUCUGUAAGGGGACAAGGCAUUCUAUCAUGGACGGGCGAUGAUAAUUUUGUGGUUGAAGAUAGAGCAACUGCAAGUCAUGAGGCGUCCUUUCUCUCCCUUAAUCUUCAUCUUCUUGCGGAGCAACUUGCAAAAGCAGAUUUGUCACAGAGGCUCUUCAUUGACCCAGAGUUUUUACCGCCAGAGCUGUGCUCGGAAGAACUAGAAACUAGCUUCAGCCAGGAACCUGGCGAAGGACAAGCUGCAUCCCAACGUGAAGGGGUGACGAGAAAUUCAGUUCCAACCUCCUCUAAUCAAGAAUUGGAGGGAACAAAUCAAAUUAAGGAUGAAUUACAUCAAUCUCUGGGAACCAGUGAAAGGGCAGUGCAGUACCAUGGAGCACAAUCAGAUGGUACUUCUGUUGCAAACGCAAAGAAGAAAUCAUUCAGAGUCCAGGCGGCUGCUUCAGAAGCAGAACUCGAUAUGCUUCUUGAGUCCUUCAGUGAAACAAACAUCCUUGAUUCCUCUGCCAUCACAGAGAAUUCUAGUGACUCAUUUUCGGUUCACCAGAAAGAAACUUCGUCAACAUCUGAAGGAAUCUCCUCAUUAAAACAGGUUGCUUGUCAACCUUCAACGAAAGGUCCAGAUUUAACUAAACCUGCUUCAGUGGCCAACUUUGAUGAUGCCCUUGAUGACCUACUCAAGGAGACAUCCACCAGUGAGACAUUUUCUAUCCAACAAGAAACGUCAACUUCAUCAUCGGUAGGAGGAACUUCAUCUGUUCACAGUGCUCCACUCUCAAGAAAAGGUCCAAAUCCAUCCGAGUCAGCUUCUGUUACGGCGAGCUUUGAUGAUGCUCUUGAUGACCUACUCGACGCAACAUCCAACUUGACAAAUCGAAAUGUCUCCUCCCUAAAAUCCCAUGAGGGGAUUUCAACCCAUCUCGAUAUUACGUCAUCUUCUUCCUCUGGUCCUGUUUCCAAAUCCAAAGUGUUAGCGUUGGAUGAUUUUGAUUCAUGGUUCGAUAACAUUGAUGGUCCAUAAGCUAAAAAAAAAACAUGGCUGCAAAGCUUCUCUUUGAUGUGUGUUAACUUCUCUGUUGCCUUGGAAGGUGUGAGCUGAAUAUGGAACUAUCUUCUGGUGAUUGUUACCUAACCCCACUAAUCUUCAGUCCAUGAACAGAGGCUGAAAAUUUUGAAAGCAUUUGAUCCCUAACAUGCUUUCUGAAAAGCGAUUUUAUCUGAACUAUGACUAGGUGAGCAUGCAUUUGACCAUGUGAUUAUCACCUUUUUAAGUGUAUUAUUGUCCUGGUUUAAGUAGUGAAAUUUACAACAUGAA